UGGCCAUAAUGCGGGAAAUGUACACAGCAGAGAGAGCUGGAACCACGUUGAAAAUGUUUUGCUGAUUUCUGUAACUAUUUUCGGAAGUUUGACAGUGAAAUGACAGAAUUGGUCAUGGUGAUUUCGACAGUACAAUUUCUAAUCAACAUUGUCAUAUAGAGUUGAUCCAACAUCAUCAUGCUGACCCCAGCGUUUGAGCUGAGUCAGGACUCGGACUUCCUUACCCUAAUGAUACGUGUGCCCUACACCAGGACCUCAGAGUUUGACCUGUGCAUUGAUGGGGAGGACUUCAAGUUCUAUGCCAAGCCGUACUUUCUUCGGUUGACCUUACCUGGCAGAAUUGUAGAGGAUGGAAGAGAGAAAGCAUCAUUCGAUAUUGAUAAAGGUGCCUUCACACUGCGUGUGCCCAAAGAGACGCCGGGCCAGCACUUUGAGGGACUGCAGAUGCUGACGAGCCUCCUGGCACCCAAGGGCACCCGCUCUGCCAAGCCCCUGGUGGAGGAUAUGGAACCCUGUGUGGGGAGUGCAGGCGCUGGGCUGGAGGUGGAGGAGGAAGAGGAGGACGAGGAGGACGAGGAAGAGUUUGAUUGGCAGGUGGAGCAGGCAGUGUACACCGAGUGCUCUGAGGAGGAACUGAACCAGCUGCAGAAGUACGGCUUUGGCAACCUCAGGUGUGGGGUCUUCACCAGACUGCAGGAGGAGCUGAGCGAUGUCGUUGAUGUGAAAGACCCCGACAGAACGACACCAGCGGCAAGGAGAAGUGGCCGACAAGCCGCCGAGCACAACAAGUUUGACCCGGACCAUUAUCUGGCUGACCUGUUCGAGGACGAGGCGAUCCAGAGUCUGCUGAGGUUUGGGCCUUGGUGGGGAGAAGCAAGCUCGGAGCAGUCCCAACACAGCCCUGCAUCCAUAGAGUUCUCUGACGAGGACAAGGAGCAGAUGAGGAAAUUCACCAACCGCUCGUACCUGCUGGACAAGUCGACGCGCCAGCAUGUGUGGCUCAGCCUGUUGGAUAUCAUCCUGGCCUACGCCUACGAGAUCCGCGUCACUGAGGGAGAGCAUAGCGUGGAGUCGCCAUGGAACAUCCGUAAGCUCAGUGGGACCUUGAGCUGGCUGGAGACGUAUCACUCGCUGCAGGACGUGCUGGUGUCGUUUGGCAGGAGAGUGGUGUCCUACCCCCUGUACCGCCACUUCUCCCUGGUCACCGCGGCAGUACGAGACGCCGCACGGAUCUUCCAGGCAGGUGAGUUGACGCUUGAAAAAGCCCAGCAAGGCAUUGGCCUCUGGGGCCCCUGGCUCUCCAUGGGAGGGCUGACCGGGAGGAACAGAGGAGAAGGAGGAGAUUUGAAGUGUCCCCGCUGCUCUGUGGAAAGCGAUACUCGACUCUCGGCUCUCCAGGAUUGGUCCAAGCAUGUAAGCUCUCUGACUGAGCCUCUACAGAAAGCCACUCUGAAGAAGAAAGAUCUGGGAUUGGAUCUGGAGGAGCUGGAGGCGGCGGCAGCACUGGUGGAGAGAGAGGAGGAGGAGGAGGAGGAGGAGGAGGAGGAUGGGUCGUCGAGCGGAGAGGAGUCUGGCAGCAGUGAGAGCAGUGACAGCAGCAGCGACAGCAGCAGCAGCAGCUCCUCAGAGGACAGCGAUGACCGCCAGACUCACGAGGAGCCGCGCGCUCCGUGCGUGCUGGUAAACUCAGGUAGCGUCAGCCGCCGCCUCCAGCAGCCCCAACCGGCGGCUCCAGUGGAGGACCCAGACCUGACCCCAUCCCCAGCCCCCGGCGUUCCCCCCCGCAGGGCAGCAGACGGCGCCGCCCGCACCACCAGCAGCACCACCAGCAGCAGCCCUACACAGCUGAUCCAGGAACUGGGAGAGCGGCUGGGGGAGGGGUUGCAAAUCUCGCCGGCACGGCCAGAGGGAACGCCCCCCUCACCCUCCUCCUCCUCCUCCUCCUCCUCCUCCUUCUCCUGCGUCAGCAGUGUGGAGCAGCGAGAGCGGCAGAGAGUGCGAGCGGGAGAGGGGGAGAGCGUGAGAGGGAGCCAGCCAGUACACACACGCCCGCUGUGCUCCGAGCAGAGGCACGCUCCGCCGGCCGAGGCUGCCAAAGCCGAGAGGACGCUCCCGACAGCCCGUCCGCACAGAAAACCGCUGGUCAUCGUCAAAGCGGAGGAGUUGGACAGCGACGACGAUGAGGACUGUUUACCCGGUCACUGAUGAACUGAAGCUGCAGAGGUUUGUGGGACUCGACACGGUCUUGUCAUCUGUUCUUUGGACUGCGCAGCCUCACAUCUUCAGGAUUUUAAUUGACCCCCCUGUAAUUAUGUUGUUGUAACAUGCUCGCGUUUAAUCAAGGUGCACCAGUGCAUCGUGUUAUGUUUUGUGUUUUUUUCCUUUUUCUGUAUUAAACUUGAAAAGACA